AUGAUAGGAAUUAAGAUCCAAAAGUUGGAUUUGAUUAAUGCAAAUUUGCAUGUCUACCUCAUUUCUUAACUUGUCAUAGUUUAUUUUGAAAAUAAUAAUCAAUUUACUAUAACAUACUGUUUUCAAUGUGAAAUAGGUUUGAAAAUCAAGAGGAAAUAUGUGUUCCAAUUUGUGGAGAUGGUAUUUUAAUAUAAGAAUGAGAUGAUGUGAAUUUAAUUUAUUAUGGUGGUUGUUUUGAUUGUAAAUAUCAAUGCAGUCAAGAUUGUUUAGUUUGUUAAAAAGGAAUAUCUCUAAAAAACUGUUCAAAAAAUAUGAUUGUUUUCGAGAAUUAAUGUAAGUCAAUAUGCGCAUAAAUGAUGGUUGAUUAUGAAAUAGAAUGUGAUGAUAAUAAUAAUAUAGAAUAUCAUGGAUGUUUUAAUUGUAAAUUUAAUGUGCACUUUGUUGUUAAGUAUCUUAUUGUGAAAAAGGUAUUGGUCAUAAAUUCAUUUCAGAAUCUAUCUAAUAAAACUAAUAAUCUUUAAUUCAUGAUUUUGAAGGUACUCUAAAAAAUAUGUUAAAUAAAUAAAAAAAUAGUUGGAUUUGUAAUGAAUCAGAAUGUAAAUAUUCGGAAAGUCCUUAGUUAAUAAUCAAUAAUCUAGAAUUAAAAAAUUUUUAAUUUUAAGUUUUUAAUUAAGUUAUGUCCUUUCAUUUACAAUAUUUAGUUGAAAUUGAAUUUUCUGAAUAAAUUUUAUUUCGCAAAUUCUAANAAAAAUUGCUAACUUAAACAAUGUAAUUUUAAAAAUUUCAAAAUUAAAAUAAUAUUAUUCUACAAUAGAUAUUUAUUUUGAAGAUCAAUCAUGCGAUUCAGAUUGUUAAGUUUGUUUUUAAGGAUAAUGUAUUUUUGUCAGAAAGGAAGCUAUUUAUUUAAAAAUGAAUGAAUAAAGGAAAAUCAUGUUGAAUAUACUAGAAUUGAAUAAGCGAUAUAUGGAGAUAAAAUUUUUAAAGUAGAAUUUUGUGAUGAUGGAAAUGAUAUUCAAUAUGAUGGAUUCUUUAAAUACCAUUAUAGUUGUGAUCUCUAUUGUUUAUAAUGUGUAUUUGGCUUCUGUUAUUUAUGUAAAGAAGGAUUUAUAAUAAAUGAAGAUUCAUAAACUUGAUAACCUUAUUGUGAAGAGGGUAAAGUAAUCCCUCUUACUUAAGGAGAAUGUGAUGAUAGGAAUUAAGAUCCAAAAGAUGGAUUUGAUUAAUGCAAAUUUGCAUGUCUACCUCAUUGCUUAACUUGUCAUAGUAUAUUUUGAAAAUAAUAAUCAAUUUACUAUAACAUACUGUUUUCAAUGUGAAAUAGGGUUUGAAAAUCAAGAGGAAAUAUGUGUUUCAAUUUGUGGAGAUGGUAUUUUAAUAUAAGAAUGA